UAAAAAUAAGAUUGUUGCUACAUCAUAAUUAACAUUUUGUGAUAGAUGCUCAGGCAGAUCAAUCAAUUGUUUUUUAAUUUAAUCCUGAUAUCAAUUGGCUUAUUUGUGAAAUUGUUUAGAAUUUCUACUGCAAUGUUCAUGGGUUUGAUUUGUGCCCUGUUCAGUGAGUUGCCAGUGACAAUGAAAGGUUGGAAUCAAAGCAGCAAGAAGAAGCGCAGCGGGAAAGGCAAAGGCAAAGGCAACAGCAACGGUAACGGUGAAGAAAGCAAGAUUAAGCAGAGUGCAUGUAUAUGCCUGUUGUUUGAAUUGCCGCUGCAAAAGCGUAUCAAUGUGUUGGCCAUUGAUACAAGUGAAGAACUUGGUAUUUUUCCGCUAAGCCCACUGAAACAUGCCAGUUCAAUAUCGCGAGUUGGUUUUGCCUCACUAGGGUCUAAAAUUUAUGUACUUGGUGGUGAAAUUGAUCGGGAAACUAGAAAUUACCCUAGGGAAGUAUAUAUUUGGGAUUUCAAUUGCAAUGAGAAACAGUGGAAGAAGGGUCCUCCGUUGAACGCCAAGAAGCCAAAUCCAGUUGUUGUUACUGUGAAUAAGAAAAUAUAUGCCCUUGCCGGCGAUUCCAUAUUUGACCGUAGAAAAACUGAGACAAUAUGCCAUGUGUUCGAGGUCCUUGAUCCAAAACUUGGCAAUGUUUGGACCCCUCUGCCCAAUCCUCCAUUCCAUUCCUUAUAUAAGAAGUCUUCUGGCGUGGAAUUUCGCGGGCACACAGUCAUUGGCCUUAAUAUUUAUGUGUUAUUACUUCACUCAUAUAAUCGUGUCACUUUGUAUUCCUUAAUGCUGUGUUUGCGUUAA